AUGAGCUCGAAACACGGCAAUCCUCAGGAGGCUUAUGAACCUUUAGGCAGUAGACUCCGACAGACCACGCGUCACAUACCAGGCUCUUGUCAGGUGCGAGAGCAGCUGAAACACGAUACUGAAGACCGAUGGGUCUGCUGCAUGCUUGAAUUGGUUCAGUAGCUGUUAGGAAAUUCCAAGCCAAGUGUCGUGGUGUCAGUACGCUGCAAUGGCCUCCCACUUGACCUGCGGGCGGUGGCUCAACUCGACCAGUGUCUAA